AUGCAUCCAUACCAGAAGAGGCUAGCGAAAGAGUAUCAAUCCAUCAGCAAAGCCAACUUGCCUGGAGUUGAGCUCAUCUCCGCAGACGAGUUGCGAAGCUUCCUCUUCAAAAUACACAUUGACAACCAUGCUCUUUAUCCUGACGACUACUAUCUCCAGGUGACCAUAACCGACCAGUACCCUGUGGAUUCGCCUUCAGUGAUGUUCAUCAACUACACGUCUUCGCCGAUUCCACUCCAUCCGCAUAUCUACUCAAAUGGCCAUAUUUGCCUCAACCUCCUUGGCGAAGAUUGGACCCCCGCGUGCUCCAUUGAAAGUAUACUACUCAGUAUCCAGAGCAUGUUGCAUUCAAAUACGCUUUCGGAGCGACCUCCAGAUGAUGCCCAGUAUACGAAAAGCGCACCAAAGGACCCAAAGAGAACAAACUUUGUCUACCAUGAUGAUAAUGUAUAG